GAUAGUAAUGUUAAAGGGACAUGGAGAAAUGUCAAGAUUCACAAAAACGUGAAAAAAACCAAACUGAACAAACAAAACAAAAAUAAACAAUAUAUUUCAUUGUGGAGCUAAAAUCUAAAAUCCGUGCCAUAAGUAUUAAUAUACUAAUAGUUCAAAGUAAUAAGAUGGAAGUUCAGGAAGAAGAAACAGAAGUUCUAGAUACCGUUAUUGUAAAAGAGGAGUACGAUAUUCAAGAAGAGGAAUGUCCUGUGUUUCUUAAUAACGAUGAAUAUGAGUACGACUUUCCAUUUAAUAUGGAAGAUCAACCCAAUAUGCCCAAUACAAUAUUGUCCAGUGUGGAAUCCACACAUCGAACCAAAAUUAAAAACACCAGAAACAGAAAACCCAAAAAUCAUAUUUGUUUAUUCCCCGGUUGCGGGAAAGGCUUCCGAAGCCCAAGUGAACUUAAUGCUCAUAGGGCUAUUCACACUGGUCAAAGGGAAUACGAAUGUGCGGACUGUGGAAAGAAAUACGGGCAUAUAAUACGACUCCGGGAGCAUAUAGUGAGGAUGCACAAGACUAAAUAUCUAAAUUGCUCUCACUGCAGCAAAUUAUUUAAGAAUUUGCAUUUUCUAAGACAACAUAGCAUAAUACAUAGGAAAGAAAGAGGAUUCAAAUGCAAAAUUUGUCGACAGAUAUUUGGAUCUAAGACUGAAAGGCACUCCCAUGAACAAAAGAUGCACAAACCAAUGGGAUCUAGAUUAAAACGAUCCUAUGGGAAAUAUAAAUGUCCAUUCUGUGAUGUCAUCUUCUCCGACAAGCAUGAGUACGCUCGGCAUUUCAAUAAACACAAUGAGAAGAAGGCUACAAGAAAUGGUUCAGUUCUAAAGAUCGAAGAGGCUCCCUUAAUAUGCAAGUACUGUGAUAAAAGGUUCAAUAAAAUUUUUGACCUUUUAGCGCAUAGUAAAUUGCAUACGGAAAACCAAACUCCCGACCUCAAAACCAAUAACAUUUGUCUGUACUGUAUGCAGACCUUGUUUUCUAGGACUGCUCUCAAAAAUCACAUACUUAAGACUCACCGGGGACUUCCCUUAAGCUUUUCAGCCCCAUUCAGCUGCACAAUCUGCAGAAGACUUUUUAAUGAUGUGGAGGACUUGAAAAAGCACGUCCAAAUACACUUUAGCGAUGAGUUUACCCUUUGUUGGAUUUGUAACAAAAAGUUCCUAACUGUUACAGCACUGCGCCAUCAUAAUUUGGUGACCCAUGCAAAAGGGACCAAUCUUACAAAAAAUACCACCAUAAUUGAGUUGUAUAAUUCAAAUGAAUUUGCAUUCCUAAAAUAACAGCUGUUUUCCAUCUAUUUUGUAAAUAUAUGUAUAAAUCUCCAAAA